UCUUCGCCUCUCCGCGCACUUCCACUUCUCACCACCAACCACAACACAACAUGUCCACUCAGGACACCGCCGACAUGGAGCGCCCUCCACCCAAGCGCCCCGGUUCGCCAUCCGCCUCUUGUCCUCAGAACCAGCCAGCCAAGCGCCCAUGCCUCGAUCAAGACGCCGCAGAGCCAGCCUCUACCUCUGUCCCGCCCUCUGCUUCGCAGACGCGUUGCCUGCACUGCGGUGCGGAUGGCCACGACUUUUCUGAAUGCAUUACUUGGUGCAAGGAUUGUCAGGUUGGCCUCCCAGGCUUCCUCUGUCCUCACUCUCGUGGCGUCCAAGCCUCGUUGCCAGCUGCCAGUGUCAUUGCCAAUGCCGAUGCCACUGCCACUACCGAUGCCAUUGCCACGCCUGCCGCCACGAUCGAUGCCGCAACCGAUACCGCUCGCAAGACCAACGCCAUUGCCACGACUGGCGCCACAGCCGAGGGUGGUCUCAAGAACAGUGCCGCUUACAGAGCCGUUGCGCUCUUCCCCAGAGAUUCUGGUGCUCUGCCAGAGCACAACGUCAACUCGCAGACCGUCAUCCGCAGCGAUGAUGGCCGCAAGCCUGAGGAGCCGUUUCUGCGCUGCCUGAAGUGCGGCGGUACUGGUCAUCUCCCCACUCACUGCAAUGUUCGUAUUCUCAAUCCUCCUCAAGCUCCUGCCGAGCUGAAGGGCGGCUCUCAGGCUCCCAUCACAAGCUCUGAUAGCCGUGAGCCUGAGAUGCCGUGGGUCGCCGCACGUCUGCCAUCGGCAGGUCUGCCGGCAUUGGACGGCGUCAGUUCAGAGCGUCUUGCUAUGAUUGCAGCGCCUCCAACAGUGGAAGAAGAAGUUGAAGAGGAAGCUGGUUUUGAUGAGAGGCUGGGUCCCUUGCAGAGUGGUACGAAUACGAUGCCACUUGGCCGUCCACGCCGCAAUCUGUCAGGAAGUGUCGUGCAAUCAAGCGGACAGUCAGACCUGGCAGACUUGCGAGCAAAGGUAGAAGCAACCCGCGGUGUCCCCCCGCGCGGUCCAGCUUCUGCUUUUCGCCAUGCACCAGUUCCUGCUCAUUACCCUGCGCCAGCUCCCGCUCUUCACCCUGCCGACCGCAUGAUGGGCUAUGGAAGCGCCGCUUCCCUUGGUGCUCCACCAGGCCUGGAGGGUGGCUUCAGCAUCUAUGGAGCAAGCAAGAACACAUCUCGCUUCAAUGACACAUAUCCCCCGACGUACCAGCGCCCAGGCAGAGCACCCUCCAACCAAAGUCGCUCAUCAACGACUCGCCCGUCGCCCGCCGAUGCGGCUCCAUCAAUGAACGGCCCACCUCGUGGCCCAAACCAACGCCCUUCACGUCCACCAACGAACAACCACGUCUUCAACAUGACAUCAAACGCGAUCGAUCAAGCCAACAAGUUCAGGGGCACGACCAACAAGUCGAACAAGAAGAAUGUGGAGCGCUACAGUGCCCACCAUAUGGGCAUCUGGGCUGACCUCAAUCAGCACAUCGCCGACGUGGUGCACGGCGCUCGUGAUCCAAGCCGUGACAAGAACAAUGGAGACGAUCACAACGCCGUGAGAAAGGCUCUCAACGCAGCAAGCAACAUGCUGAGACCUUUCGUGCUCCGAGACCAGCGUCGGAACCAGCGCAACCCAGAUCUGUCUCAGAGGGCUGGGUUCACCCAAGUUCGCGUGGGAAACGAUGGCUUUCCCAUCCAGCAGGAUGACGAGGUGCACGUGAAGUCGGAGCACUGAGCGCUUUCCCCCUUGUUUGAGCCUGCUCUUCGAGCCACCGCGGCACAAGAUGGCUGCGAAAAAUGCUGUCCAGCGAGACAGAGAGUGCCAGAGUAUACGUAGUGUGCAAAAAUUCCACUUCAGCCAAAGAUGUCAUCCAUCACAUCCCCACCCUCCCUUUUCCGCUUCUUUUUCCUUUUUGGCUUCUCACUCCGCGCGACCUGUUUCUCG